AUGGCACACGUCGACAAGUUCGACCGCUUGCUUAAUUUUCGUGAUGUCGGUGCAUUCGUCAACGAGCUGACUGGCUCNAACCUCAAGCCUGGUAUGCUGUUUCGAAGCGCCAGACCAGACGAAGCUUCAACUGAAGAUCGUAGACGACUAAAGGACGACUACCAUGUCCAAACAAUCAUUGACCUGCGCACAAAGUCUGAACACAUUGUCCAGGCUCAGAAACGAUCAAUCCCCAUACCAUCAGCCGAGCCUGUUGCUCCGUCCAACAAUCAAGCCGCCGAGCCCGUCAAAAUCCCUGGCCUAAACUAUGCCGAAAUCAACUUCAACGGUUCCUCGUACUCAUUCGCACUGAUCCGCCAAUUGCGAUACUGGUCUGCUACCAAGCUCAUCGCUCUUAUGGCUGCAGGAUACCGCACUCAAGCCAUUAGCAUCCUGGGUACAGAGGUCAUGUCUGAGCGCGGGCUCAUCGGUCUGGCUUAUGACUCGCUCGCUCACUGUACCUCCGAAGUCCUCGCCGUGUUUCGUGUUCUGGCUGACGAGAAGAGCUAUCCUGUUGUGGUGCACUGCACACAAGGCAAAGAUCGUACGGGCUUGACCAUUCUGCUUGUUCUUUUGCUACUGCAUGUCGAUACGGCAGCCAUCAACACUGACUACAUGCGAACGCAGGAAGAGCUGGUCUCUGAACGCGAAGCUAGGAUUGUUGAGAUAAGAAGCAUCGGUAUGCCCGACUCAUUCGCCGACUGUGAUCCUCAAUGGGUUGACAGUGUGGCUGCUCAUAUAAACGAGAAAUAUGGCUCGAUCGAGGAUUACUUGCUUCGUUGUGGCGUCAACAAGGACAUGCAGCAGACCGUCAGGCGUAUCUUGUUGGAGUAG